AAUAAGUGAUUGACGAUGGGGGAUGCUGUGGCAGCCGCCCCCGACAGGGAGAUGAAGUACUUCAUGUUUCGGCAAAUGAAGAGAAUCCGCGUCUUUCAGUCUCCGGAUGAAUUGCCGAAGGACAGAGUCAGUCUCCUGGUCGUCUCCAAUACUUAUGGACUCACCUUUAUGGGAGGCAAUGGAGGCCUAAAAAUUAUCAGUAGUGAAUACAUUGCUUUGGCUGACAAGGAAGAAGGAAGUAUAAAUGAAAUUAUUGAAGAUGCACCUUUUAUGUCAGUUAGUAUGAAGUUCCCUGUGCACCACAUUGCUCUCAGCUGUGAUGAAUUCACCCUUUCUGUUGCCAUGGUGUCAGAAGAGCAUGGGCUGGUCAUAUGUUUCUUCGACGUUCGAACGUUUGUAAACAAGGAGAAAUCUCAGAAGCGACCAUUUUUGUACUACAAGCCAGGAAAAAACUGUACAGUGUUGGAUUUAAAAUGGAAUCCUGCAGUGAUUUCCAUCCUGGCAAUCUGCAUGUCAGAUGGAAGCGUAACAAUAUUGGAGGUUACUGAUGUUGUUAAACAACAUGCCAGCCUUCCAGCCACAGCUGGCAUCACAUCAUUAUGCUGGAGUCCAAAAGGGAAGCAGUUGGCUGCUGGAAAGCGAGAUGGAACAGUAGUUCAGUAUUCACCAACGUUGCAAGAAAAGAAGGUUAUCCCUUGUCCACACUUCUACAGUUCGGAUAAUCCAGUUAAAGUUUUGGAUAUACACUGGAUCAGUACAUAUGUCUUCACUGUCGUGUUUGUAGCUGCAGAUGGAUCCUUGGAAACCCCUCCUGAACUUGUGAUUAUUUCCUUAGCGAAAAAGGAUGAGAAGAAAGAGGACCAAUUUUUGAACUUUAAUGAACUGUGUUAUGGAGUGACAACAGAGAGACAGCACCAUUACUAUCUUCACUACAUUGAAAACUGGGAUCUUCUCGUUGCUGCUUCAGCUGCAUCCAUUGAAGUCAGUGUCAUUGCUCGGCAACAGGACAAGGUCAGCUGGGAGGUUUGGGUCCUUGAAGAUGCAGCUCGGGCAGAACUUCCCGUGACCGAAAACAGUGAUGACACCAUGCCUGUUGGAGUUGGUAUUGAUAUCACCAGUCAAAUUCCCGUCAAAGUUGGUGAUGAGAAGAUUUAUGCUCCUUCUCCUAUCUUGAUGCUGCUCACAACCGAAGGGCUCCUUUGUCCAUUCCACAUGCUCAACUACAACCCCGGAGUGAAAUCAAUAGUGAAGCCAUCAGUAUGUCCACGUCUCGAAGGAGAGCGAGAACCUCCCUCAACUCAAACAUCAGCCCCUGCUCCUGUAUUGUCACCACCACAGACUUCAACUGCACCGUCACGACCCUCUUCAAAAAUCGCACAGCCUGCUGCUGCUCAUCAGUCACCUGCUUUCCCGUCAUUGGGCUUGCCUGCUUCAGCCCGCUUUUCAAAUAACACAAUGGCACCUCAGGCUACAAUAACACAACCUGAAGCAGGUCCUGCAGAUGGCACCAAUGUUGAGAGUGGAACUUCUGCCACACCUACCACAGACUGGUUUCCCUCUAAUACUCUUGGUUCCAGUUCUUCCUGGGACUCUGAUGUAAAUGACAUUCAAAAACAAAAAGCUCUUGGCUCUCCCAAGUUUGUUCGGUUCUCAGAUUUUGAAUCAACAAAAGUUUUAUCUGACUCAUCAGCUGACUCAGUACAGCAGCAGUCCAGCUCAGAAAAUGAACUGCCACUUGUGCAUCCCUCAGCUCAUGCACCAAAACCAUUCCAUGAUGCAAGAACAAUCUCUGCUGCUGUGACCCGAAGUGCAUUGGGCUUUGCUGCUGCAAUUCCUGCUCCAAAGUCUUGCCCUACUCAGACCUCCACAACAACAAAGGUUUCCGCAUCUGAUCUGGAAAAGCAACUGCAACAACAGCCAACCUCGGACCCAGUGAUGAUGGGAAUCAUGGAAGAGAUUGCUCUUUUUCAGAAGGAGUUGGACGAGUUAAAGGCUCGCACAGCAAGUGCUAACUUUGUGAUUGGCAGCCCAAACGACAUGGCUAACCUAAAAUUUGAUGCAGAGUCAUUCAACGAUUUCCUGUUGAAGAUCAAGGAGACUACAGAGUCCUUGCAUGGAGAUAUGGGCACCCUGAAAACUGAGAUGCUGGAAGGGUUUGCUGCUGUGGAAGAUGCAACUGCACAGAACCAGCGAAGCAUGGACAAGAAUUACCUUCAGCUUCUUCGCCGAAAGCCACUUGAUCCAAAGAGUGUAACUCAACUUAAUGAAAUACGCUCUCUGCAUCAAUAUGUGAAGUUUGCAGUACAAAGUGUUAAUAAUAUGCUGGAUUUGGAAUGGGAAAAAUACCAGGAAAAGAACAAGAAACACAAGCACUUGCUUCUACCAGAGAGGGAAGUACUGUUUAAUGCAUUGGCAAGUCAUCAUGAGGUUAUUAACCAGCAAGAUAAGAAGAUAAAUGAGCUGAUAAACAGCCUGCAGAAUCUCCGCUUAUAUAAUCAGACCUCCAAGUGGUGUGUGCCCAAUGACAAAUGUCUGAGUGACCAGUGCUGGAAUACAGAACUGGAGAUGCUUCGCAAUGUUCUGGUGAAAAAUACUUUGGAUUCUGCACCAAAGCUGACUCCUAGUAGCCCUGGCAAAGUAUCUCCAAUGAAGCAAUCUCAGCUACGGAGUUUCCUUUCAAAAAGACAGACUCCUCCUGUACGAUCUACUGCACCAGCUAAUUUGUCCAGGUCUGCAUUUCUAUCCCCAAAAUGCUAUGAGGAAUUGGAGGAUUCAAAUCAAACCAUAUCUGCACUGCCAUAUCCAGAAAAAGCAGUUAUUCAGACUGAAGAACCAGAGGAGGCAUCAUUCAAGCAUUCCCCGGUUGCAAGACAGUCAUCCUUUACACCGGCAUUGAUCACUGCACAGUCAACUCCCUUCAGCAAAGUUCAGCCCCCUGUCCAUUCAGUUCCAAAGCCAACAGGCAAGAUGGUGAAGCAAGGACUGCUUGUCCCUGAGAAGCCGGUCACCAGCGUUCCAGCUGCCCAAGCUGCUGCCCAGGCAGCUGUUCGGAGACAAAUGACUAAUCUCGCAGCAGUUCCAAGUGCUUCCCUCACAGAAAUGGCAGCGAAGAAUGCUUCUCAGUUAAUGAAUGCACAAAUGCUGAAAGAAACAAACCAAACUCCGAGCCUGUCAACUAUCAUCAGUGCAUCUACACCAGUCUCAAACGCAGAUGUUAUUCAUCAGGACUUGACGAAAGUGCCCUCAGACCAGAUCAAACCAGUAUCUUCAAUGGUGCCCCCUGAAACUGGAUUAACUCUGUCAGAAUCCUCAUCAACAUCAUCUGUAAAAGGUUUUACCUUCGCUGCUCCCACAGGGGGUCAAGUGCAAAAUCUAUUGAAAUUUGAAAAUGUCAUUUCUGGAACCCCUGCUCCUCAAAAAAUCUCCUCGUUUCCAGGAGCCUCUUCUGGGUUUUGUUUUGCAAAUCCAAGUACCACCUCCUUAAAUGCUUUGAAUGGCAUCACGCUGGGGACACCUGGAAGUACCAAAGAAACUCUUCCCACCAGCUUUGGAGUAACUAAGCCUGCCUUUGGAUCAAAUGCUGAUAUCCCCUUUUCCUUUGGGACCGCAAAGACCAUCCCCAGCUCCACUUCUGCACUUGAGCCCUCUUUAUCUGAGUCCACUACUUCUGGCAGUAGUGUUUGCAUAUGUUCAGAUCAGGCGUCAGAGAGCCAGUUUACAAGUGGAACACCCACUGAGCCUGCCACUCUCGGUACAACAAGCCAAGCAGAGGCGCAGCCGUCAAGAGCCGAACUCCAUCCUUCCAAGUCUGGGACUCGAUCUUCCACAGCAGAGUUUCAAGCACCUAAAGUCCAGCAGCCUCAGCAACCAUUACCCAAGCUUGAAGUGACACAGCAGCAGCAGCUGUUGCCGCCCAGGUCUGAGGGAGAGCAGCAGCAGCCACUGGCCAAGCCUGAGCCAGUACUGCAGCAACUGCCACCACUCAAGCCUGAAACAUCACUCCAGCAGCAGCAACAGCCGACGCCCAAGCCAGAGCCAGCACCGCCGCAGCAGCCGCCCCCCAAGCCCGAGGUGGUGGAGCAACAGCCGACGCCCAAGCCAGAGCCAGCACUGCAGCAGCAGCCACCCCCCAAGCCCGAGGUGCAGCUCCAGCAACAGCUGCCAUCCAAGUCUGAGGUGGCACAGCAGCCACAGUUGCCCAAGCCUGAAAGCAUCUUCUUUCAGGGCAGCACUGGAGGAGUCACAAUCGGCAGCUUCUCUGGUCUAGUGGUCAAUCAGACGGACGAUGCCACCAAAUUGGAUAAAUCUGCACAGGGGAGUUUCAGCUUUGCACAAACGCCUAGAACAUCAGUGGCACCUCCAGCUACCUUGCCUUUUGGGAGUGCCUUUCCACUGGCAAAAUUAGAUUCCACAGAAGCAACAACAGCUGUAUCUGUUGACAACAAACAGUCUGGACCAUUAUUUUCCAAUGUUCCUACAACCAAUUCUGAAUCUUCCAGUUUAUGUGGUGGUUUGUCAUCAGCAUCUAGUAAGUCCAGUUCCAUUUUUAAGCCUAACAGUUCUGUGCAGAGUCCUGCUUCUGUUACUGCAGCAGCUACUGUCCAAGGUUCGGCCUUCACAGGAUCAUUAUGCUCUUUGGCUUCCGAAACUGCAAUAGUUUCUGAAGCUUCAAAGCUUCCUACUUCCGAAGAGAAGAAAGAAAUUGGCAGUGGGAGCCUCUCUGUUUCAAGUUCCUCUGAAAAAUCAGCUUUGGAGCUAAAGAGUGUUCCACCAGCUUCAGCAGGUGCACCAAAUAACACAGGAAUUACAAGUGCACCACCUAGUCUUGUUUCACCAGCUGUUACUGUGACUAGUUCCUCUGCCGUUCCAUCUUCAGCCUUGCUAAGUGCUCCAACCGAAGUAGCUGUUACAACAGAAUCCAGCCAGACUUCAGCAGCAUCUGUUGCAUCAUCCAUUGUUUAUCCUCAGUCCACUGCUGCCAUUGUGUCAGGGAGCAGUGGUACCCCUGCCAGCACCAGUGCUACCUUACCACAACAGCUUGGGACUUCCUCCCAGCCCAGCUUGGCAUCGCUCUUGGUGUCCCCACAUGUCAGCUCCAGCGCACCCGUGUCUGGGUUCAACCAAACUGAAAGUAAGGAUGUAUCCUCGGGACUAAUGCUCAGUCAACAAAAUUCAUCAUCCUCUCUAAAUGCUGUACAAGCCUCAUCAAGCAAAUCUGAUCCCACCAACUCCCCUUUUACAGGCAGUACCUCAGCCGUCAAUUUUGGAAAACCAGCCUUUGGCCAGACUAAUACUAUGGGCUUUGGUCAACCUGCCAGUACCUCCAGUGCUGGGUUCAGCUUUACACAACCAACAUUUGGAUCACCAUCAGUCUUUGGUCAGCCUACUUCUGCUGCAUCAUCUGUGCCAUCUGCCAGUCCCUUCAGUGGGCCGUCCAGUGCCAAUGCAUUUUCAUUUGGCACCCCAUCUUCCAAUAGCGGGGUAAUGUUUGGGCAAUCAAGUGCUCCUGUGUUUGGACAAAGCACCAAUUAUGGUCAAGCACCUAGUUUUGGAUCCAACACGUCAGCAAGUCUUGUAUCUGGAUUUAACUUCCAGCCUUCAGGUUUCGCUGGUUCUUCGACAGGCAGUGUGUUUGGUCAGUCUACAAACACCAGCAGCGCAUUUGGUCAGAGUGCCAAGGGAACAGUUUUUGGCUCUUCAGCUGCUCCAUCUGGCUUCUUCAGUGGGUUGGGGGGAAAGCCAAGCCAAGAUGCAGUCACUAAAAAUCCAUUUGGACAGAUAAAUUUUGGAACCGCUGACUCUUCAAAUGCAUCCAACCUGUUUGGGAACAGUGGUGCUAAGGCUUUUGGCGCUUUUGGAGCAGAUCAGAAGUCUCCAGGCUCAUUCAGUGCUGGUUCCAGUGUUGCAUCCCAAGGAUUUGGCUCCUUUUCCACUCCACCAAAACCUGCAGGUAGUUUUGGUGCUGCUCCAGUGUUUGGCAGUUCUCCAGCCUUCGGAGGUGCCCCAACUUUCGGUGGAUCACCAGCGUUUGGUGGGUCACCAGCUUUUUCAUCUCCUAUGGGUUCCUCAGGUGGGAAGGUGUUUGGUGAAGGAACGGCAGCUGCCAGUGCUGGAGGGUUUGGUUUUGCAAACAAUCCCAAUGUACAGACGUUUGGAAGCCUAGCAAAUACAUCCAAUGCUGCAACAUUUGGAUCUGUAUCACAACAGGGAUCGGCAUUUGGCACACAAGGAACAAACUUUUCAGGCUUUGGAUCUAGUGGAGGCGGGUUUGGAAGUGGUUUUGGAUCCACAAAUCAAUGUUCCAGGGUUGUGUGGAGAGCCGGUGAAAUGUCAUCUGUUGUGACGGUCAGCAAAUUGGAGUGGAUCCAAGUCACUUUUCAGGCAUGAGUUGAUGUUUCAUGACCAGCCUCUCGAGCACUUCAUCACAGUGGAUGGAUGCAAGUGCAGUUGAAUGAUAGUCAUUGAGGCAAGCUACCAUGUUCUUCUUCAGCACUUCAGCCUAUUGUGGCUGUCAAAUGAAAGUACUAACUCUUGUUCCCUUUAAUUGAUACUUUAUCAAAGUGAGUUAGCUUCUUAAAAAAGGAAGUGGUUUGAGAACUGAAUAUGUGCUAAAACAAAGUUUAAAAUUUUAUUGCAACACAUACUGUACUCAUAGUUACUGGUUACUGAACUGGCCUUUCAACGUUAUACUUCCCAUUCUUCAAAGAUGGGACACCCAAAAGUGUGAUCAGAAAUGGUUUGUGUUCCCCAAAACUGCAGAAUCUAAAGAGUGAUACAAAUUCUAAUCUCUGAGCUUUGUUGAGGCAGCCGACUCCUGUUGUCGCCACUGGUGAGAAGGAACAUGCUGCCAAUAGGGAUGGGGAGGAGGAUAUUUCUACAGUGCUUUUCUUUCCAAAGUUCAUCAUAGCCUAUUAAAUAUACUUUGAAGUUCAUUCUAAACAUUGGAGAUGACAAAGAGAAUUCCUUUGCCUUUUGAAGUAGCACCUUGGAGCCAUUCAUGUGACCAUUCACCUCAGAUCAUUGGCAUAAUCUAAUGUAACUGACAAUACAGCACUAUUUAUGUACUGUUUGGAUGCAUAUCUUAGGAGUGGGACAAAAUCUUCUGAAUGUAAUUGUGAUUAACUGCCAGUGAUCACUUUGAGAUGGUUGAACAGGAAUUUAAGUGUUAUUUUAAAAGGGGACUACAUUUUCCUACCCCACUUCCACCCUAUCCCACUCUCUUCAUUGACCAAUUAUUGUUGCCUCUCGCUAGAGACUGUUUGACCAGAUGUUGGGCUGCCUUUGUAUAUAUUUGUUUAAAGUGGUAGUGUUUGCUUUGUGGACUUGAUGGUUUAUGUUGCCUUUCAUUUUCAGCUGAUUUGUGCAAUAUUUUGGGGGGGGUUGGUGGUGGAACAACAGAGAAUACACCAGAAAUCAAUUUAGUAACUUUUGAAAUAAAUUUCCCUAAUCUUGUGGAAAUUCUUUUGCUUUGCCCUCUCUUCUCCUACCCCCUUCCCUCCAUCAACAAUCCAUAUAAAUUUAAAUACUUUCAUAAAAUCUUAAAUUUUGUCUGUUCCACAACAAAAGCAGCAAUCUUAUUUUACUACUGACUGAGGUAUUACAAAUUAAUGAAGAAACUUUCACAAGAGAUAAACAACAUUAGGGAAUUGAGAGUUUGAAAAAUGCCUUUAGUGAUGUAAAGGCAUACCACACCAUAAAUUACUUUCACCCAUUAAAAUAUCACUGCUGCUUGAAGGUGUAAUUAAUUUGAGUUGCUUGUUGGGUUUCACAUUGACCUUUGAUAUUAUGAACGACUUUGUUUAAUUUUUCCUCAAUACUUUUUCUCUU